AAAGGAUUUUUGCAUAGAUUGACAACUCACUUCUAAAAGGUCACAACAUUUCACCUUUGAUGUUGGUGCUGUGCAUUUCCCUCUGAUUUCUGCUCCUUCUUGUUACUGUUUCUCGCUGACAUGAAAGGUGUAGGGAAGAGGAGGACAACCUCGGAAACGUCGAACGAUGCUGCUGGUGCUGUCGAUUUCGGUGUUGUAGAUGGAGGCGGAGGCGGAAGCGGAAGCGGAAGCGGAGGAGGAGGAGGAGGGUAUGCUGCAGAUGGUGCUUCUUUUGCUGAAGGAGAGCAUACCCAGUUGCAGAAAGGGGAAGCGGAGCAACCCCGUGUGGAAGAUUCGGAAGAAGAAGCUGCAGAUUAUGAUGAUGAUGAAGAAGAAGAAGAAGAGGAGGAGGAAGAAGAUGAGCAUGCAGAUCGGGUUGCAGUGUCUGGACCGGGAAAGGGUCCCAUUCUCCGUGAAGGUUUCUAUGAAGUUGAAGCUAUACGUCGUAAGAGGAUUCGUAGGGGUCAGCCGCAGUACUUAAUCAAAUGGCGUGAUUGGUCAGAGGGAUCCAAUACUUGGGAGCCUCUAGAAAAUCUUGCGAGUGUUCCUGAUGUUGUUGCUGCUUUCGAGGCUAGCUUGAGAUCAGCAAAGAGAAAGCGCAAACGCAAGCAUGCGGUUCAUCACAUUCAGCCUAAGAAGAGGCUGGAGCGUUCUGCCACUCCUUACAGCCUCAGACAAUUUCCGGCAAAUACACCUGACAACCACCACACACAGUCUGCCCCUCUCAACGAUAUUAGUAUUCCUGAUAUUCCUGCCUUUCCCCAGACUGUGCUUUUUGCGGAUGAAGUUGAAAAUAAUGGUGAUGCCAGCAGUCUCGGAAACUCUAAUCAUGCUCAUGGUAAUAGGUCUGCCGAUGCUCCAGAAGCAGUUGUUGAAAGGAAUGAGGAAAAUGAUUAUGAUCCUAAGCUUAGCGAACUUAGAGCUACGACCACCAACGGGUAUGAAGGAGAAAACCUCGCAACACAGUUUCAAGAAACUCAACAUUCAGUAGGAACUCGUCAUGUUGAUGGUCAACUAAAUGGGGAUUGCACAGAACCUGGUCAAAGUGGCCGCUGCAGAGGAGCUAAACGGAGAAAAUCUGGUUCUGUUAAGAGGUUCAAUAGAGAUUCAUAUGCUGGUGACGAACCCGUUAAUACUCAAAGACCAGUUGACGUAUCUGCUGUUACAACUGAACAAGUACAAACAGGGGCUGCUGAUAAUGCGGGUCCAAAUGGCCAUAAGAGGACGAAUCACGCUAGACCUGCCUGCACUAUUGUCAAGAUUAUUAAGCCAGUACGCUAUUCAGCUGCAGUAGCUAGCAGCAUGCAGGAUGCUUCAGUAACCUUCGUCGCUUUGAGGUCGGAUGGAACAGAAGUGUUGGUUGAUAACACAUAUCUCAAGGCAUACUAUCCCAUUCUGCUAAUCAAUUACUACGAGCAGCAUCUCCGCUACACUCCUGAACAUUACUGAACAGAUAGAUUAUUGGAGCUUCCUAUGUGUAGUUAGAUUUUCAUGUGUUCCCUAGAAGUGUUGUAGAAUGUGGUGCUUUUGUAGAUGAAGAUAGUCAAGGGUAAGGAAUGCAUUGUUUGGUAGUGAUAGGUAUAUUGCGAUUUAACCAGUAGUUUAUGGUUUACAUACUGUGAUGCAUGCUGAUCCAUGAUCUGUUGAGGACGGGACAAAACUGGAUAUUUUCAAUGCCUCAGACACAUGAGGUAGAGGAUUGGUUUAUUUAAAAGUUUAUCAGGGGCAACACUCUCUUUUGAACUGAAUCGAAGUUUAUGGAAGUUCUUGUGAGUAAUUUACUUUUGCAUACCAUAUUUUGGGUACUCUUUGGUCUAUUGACUUGUUGAUUCCAACUAUGUAAGGGAAAAUUCACAACUGUUAAGAUGCAUGGUACCUUUUAAAUUGAAAUUGCAUGCGAUACCAAUUAUCUUCCUUGAAA